GCCAGUCAGUCAGUGUCUGUUGUGCCCGGCUGACUGCUCGUCCUCGUCGCUUCCAACGUCAUCAUCCACUGUUCGCAUCUGAAAUAUCUACAGUCAACUUGUAAGGCUUGAUUCUUACAAUCCGUGAGUGUGCUGCAGACUUGAAUUGAUAGACACGUUGAGAAGAAAAUAACGUCUUUUGACAAAACAGUUUAAGAAUGACGGUGAAGUGUCUGUGAAUGCAGUGAGUAGGUGUUUGUCACACCGAGCGGUCAGUUGGGUAGUGUGAGCGGACGUAAGAUGCCGUCCUCCCAGCACGACCGCAAGCCACUGAAUGUUUCUGUAGCUUCUAUAGUAGGUUAUGUUGGUGUUACCUUCGGCACCUUAGCAGUGAGUGAUGUCACAAGUGCGGUGGACAAGCGACAGUGAAGAGGCGGACCAGGAAACCGACGAAGAACCAUCUGACCGACAGUUGACGUUAGUUGUGUGUGUGGUGUGGUCGUGCAUUAUAGUGAAGAGGUUAAAAUGACCGUAUCAAAUUUCUAGCUUAUUUGCCGUCCUUCUCAACACCCCUCGUCGUCUCAGCGCUUGGCGUUUCGGCCGUGAACAUCACCUGGUGCCACAGUUCCGGAGUCGAGCAAUGCCACGAAGGAAGCAGGAUUGCCCCAAGCGAAUGAAAUGGGAAGGAGGGGAAGGCGGUGAGGAGGGUGGACCACCAGACAGUCCUGGCAGCAAGCUGGCAGGGGAUGACGCUUCAUCUGAACCUGUGUCCCCCACUUCAGCGACAGCAGCAGAUUCACCAGGCGGCCUCCAGGAAGACGUUGUCGAUGGAACAGGCUCCGUGAAUUCACCAGUUCCUACUGCUCCAGCGUCUCCAGCGACUUCUUCACCAAUGGUUGUCGACGGACACGAAACAGAACCAGAAGUGGCAAUAACUAUGUUGCAAGACCCACUAGCUGUGAGGGAGACCCCCGGCUCCCGCUGUCCGUCCCGCGAGUCGCGGGGCUCCUCCGUGCCGCCCCGCUGUCCGUCGCGCGAGUCCCUCAGCGCCGCAGUAACGGCUCCAGUCACCACCACCACGGCGCCGUCAGCUUCUGUCAGCCCGGUGGCCGUGACGCUGCCGCCCACUGCCGCACUUCUUCCUCCUCAUUCCGCGGCCAUCGCCGCCUACCUCGGUGUUGCAGCCGCAGCCCAGCAUUCGCAUCACAGGCUCCUCAUGACCUCUCCAGUCCUCCCCCGUGGUUCUGUCUCGCCUCUCGUUUCCUCAUCUUCCUCUCCCCCUAUCUUACCGCUACCCAGUAACAUAGUGAUGUCCCCACCACCUCCACCGCUCCGAUCACCGAUGGAAACAGAUUCUGCCGUCCUGGACUUCAGCACAAAGAAGUUGCAAGGUGGCGGGAAGACGAUUCCAGCGAGAGACGAAGGAGACUCUGAUUCUGCCUUGAAUCUCAUCAAACCAACCACUCCAGUCCUUCCAUCGGAAUCACAUCUCAAUGGCCCUUUAGAUCUGUCUGUACCUAGCAGGAAGCGAGGCAUCGAGGACUCGUCUUCCGCCUCGUUAUCAGUAUCUUCACUGUCUCCUAGUCCUCACGCAACAUCCCGCAAGAAUACCCGCCUAUCGUCAGAUUUCAAAGCAUCUGUGGUGUCUCCUUGGACAUCUCCUGUAGUUGCAUCGCAUUUCCCGUACUUUGCCGCAGCGGUUGCAGCAAGUAUGUCGCCUAAGAACAACUCCACGAACAUGAACCACGGUUCGGGAGAAAACCCGAUUUGGAACGGCAAAAUGAAAAUGCACGAGAAGCAGGGAUCUCAUUACGGGGGCGUUCCUACUCCAAGCGACGCGACUAAGGCACUGGAGAAGAUGAGCGAAUUGAGCAAACUGGGAGGCGAUGACAUGUUCCGGCCGUCUGUGAACAGUGCAGUUCCAGGAAGCGGGGGCAGCACAAGUGGCAGACACAGUGCGUGGCAAUCGCACUGGCUCAACAAGGGUGCGGACCAGGCGAAAGACGUUCUGAAAUGUGUGUGGUGUAAGCAGAGUUUCCCCAGCCUUGCUGCCAUGACAGCGCACAUGAAGGAAGCCAAACACUGUGGCGUCAACGUCCCUGCACCAUCUAUUCAACCCCCACCGCCUCCGCCCCCUCAGCAUCCACCGACAUCCACAGCGUCUAUAUCUACCAACAGCGGUGGCGCCAGUAUCGGGCCUCCCACUACCACCAGCAACAAGCCCACCACCGCUGACCUCAAUUUGCUCAUUAAGGAGACAAUGCCGUUGCCUAGGAAACUAGUCCGAGGCCAGGACGUUUGGCUGGGAAAGGGCGCAGAGCAGACACGUCAGAUACUGAAAUGUAUGUGGUGUGGGCAAAGCUUCCGGUCCCUGGCCGAGAUGACGAGUCACAUGCAGCAAACUCAGCACUACACGAACAUCAUCUCACAAGAACAAAUUAUCUCCUGGAAGUCAUCGGAUGACAGCAAGACUGGAGGAGGACCUGGGAGUGGCGCUGCUGCUGGAGGUGUGGGGGGUGCUAGUAGUCACGUGAGUGCUGUCCUCACGUGCAAAGUGUGCGAUCAGGCGUUCAGUUCGCUCAAAGAGUUAAGCAAUCACAUGGUGAAGAAUUCUCAUUACAAGGAACACAUUAUGAGGUCCAUCACUGAAAGCGGAGGAAGACGAAGGCAGACUCGAGAGAAACGUAAGAAGUCUCUUCCAGUGAGGAAGCUGCUGGAGUUGGAGCGCGCACAGCAUGAACUGAAGAACGGAGAGGGUGGCAUGAUAAUCGGGGGGAAGGUCGUCCGGGACUCGGCGCCAGCGGCUGGUCGAAUCACAUGUGAGAAGUGUGGUGAGAAGAUCGAAACGUCCAUCUUCGUGGAACAUAUUCGACAAUGUGUAGGCGGCGGAAGCAUCGGUAGCAACCAGAGAAACCUUCUGAAGAACGCCCUUCUGUCCAGUAACGUCCUUCCGUCAGAUGUUCCUGUCAUAAUGGGACAGCACAUAGCAGACCGAGAAAGCAGAAAAAGUAUAAGUGAGGAGGCCCCACCACCUGCAGGACGACAGCAUCGGUCACCGUCUCUGGCUACGGACUUGUCUAGUGGUAGUAAAGAAGCCGGUACGGGCGGGACGAUAGCCGGAGGUGACACGUCGUCACCGUCGGUCCUCAAUGCAAUCGAGAAGCUGAUAGAGAAAAGCUUCGAUUCCAGGACGCGGCACAGUGGCACUGGAUAUGGCGGUGGUCCUGGUGGUGUGGGGUCUGCCCCCAUGGGUUCCAGCAUACUAAAACGAUUGGGUAUCGACGAAAGCGUGGAUUAUACGAAGCCGUUGGUAGAUGCACAGACCAUGAAUAUUCUGAGGAGCUAUCACCAUCACCACCACAACCAACAACAUCAUUAUAGUAGAAGAGAACGGAGUGGAAGCGAGUCUAGUUCUGUCUCAGAUAGAGGUGGUGGCGGUGGUCGAACAGAGGCUCUGACCCCGGACCGCAAAUCGGAUUUAACUACUGCUGAAAGGUUGAUGAGCUCCACACCCAGGACCACGCCAGAGAAAGGAAUUCAAACUCCACCAUCGGCGAAAAUAAUUUGCCAUGACGAGUCAGUAAAUGAAGAUUUGAUAAAGAAGGAGGCGGUCGUGGAGGAGGGUAGAGAGGAUUGUAGGAAAAUCGGUCGUAGAGAGGUGAUAGUGAAGAAGGAGGAAAUUGAGGACGGAGACGAGGAUGAUGAUGACAAGGGAAGCUUCCACAGCAACAGUCGACAGAGGAGGGUGCCGACAGAGGACGUGCCUCUGACACCUGCCAGUGGCGGUGAGGAGGGUGAGGAAGGCGCGGACAGGAGGAGCACUAACAGUGUGUCCAGUCCUGUGUUAAGUCCACGGCAAGCCACACCGCUCACCCCGUCAGGUGCGGAGACAGCAGUGGCCGUCCCGAACAGCCCUUGCCGGAACAGCACCAGCAGUCCAGCCAGCAGCGACCGCUCAGGAACCCCGCGCAGCACCGCCGGUACUGACAAGAAGCCUUCUGCAGCCAGCGGCACCAGCCUCGGUGCACUGUCGUCCAUGUUUGACAGUCUAUCUGGGGGCCCUGGAGGCGGGGACUCAGUUCCCAGUGCGGGCAGGAGCACCAGUAGUCACCCUCUGGCUGCAUUGCAGAAACUCUGCGACAAGACUGAAAGGCACGGGGGCAGCGGGAGCCGGUCUUGUGCUUCUGCCAGCGCAGGCGUUAGCAACAAUCAUUCCUCUUCGUCGGGGUCGGCGCCCACUCAGAGCAGUGGUGGGGGUGGAGGGGGCGGUGGCACGGCGCCGGGGGCCAUCCUCGCCUUCAGUUGGGCAUGUAAUGAUGCCGUGAUGACUGGUGACUCGGUAAUGAAGUGCGCGUUCUGUGAUACACCCUUCAUCUCCAAAGGUGCGUACCGACACCAUCUCUCCAAGAUGCAUUUUGUUAAGGAUGGGGUCAUUCCAGACCCCGUGGCACUGAAGGCUCAGCAGCAGCAGCAACCUGGUGGCAGUUCCAGUGGCUCGUCCUCCAGUGCUAGCAAAGCAGCGAUGGGGGUAGGUAGCAACUCGUCAGUGUCUGCCGGAGCUAACAGUGUCGGCAGCGCCUCCGGUUCGAGUAGCGGCAAGAGUCCACAAGAGCAAGCGAACUUUGAAGAGAGUCCUCACUCGAAGUUUCUGAAGUACACGGAACUAGCCAAACAGUUGUCCAGCAAAUACGUAUAGCUGUAGAUUGUCUGCCUGUGUGUACAUAUUCGUUAAUAACAGGGAGAUUCAACACGAGAGACCUAAUGUGAAUGCUCCUAUGCGGAUUUGUAAAUUAUUUGUUCCCAGUUGUAAUUUCCUCUUUCAUGUCCCAGUAGAUCUUGUAAAAAGCCCUGUCCUCUCCUUUCUCUUGCUGUUGGUGUUCUAAAAUUGUAAUUUAUGAAUCUUAGUAUUAAAAAAUGAACCUGCUCGAUGAUUCGGUUGCAUAGCAACCGUUUCUAUUCGUGCACAGUACAAUGUGAUGCUACCAUAUCUUGCAAGCGCGAAAAAUCUUAAGUUAAGAGUAAUAAUAUUCUAUUAGGAUACGGUAUGUAUAGAAUUAAAUAUUUGAAGGAAUUUGGUAGAAACAUGAGACACUAUCGAUUUGUAUUUGUGUCGCCGUUACUUUUAAAAUUAUAUAGAAUUGUGAUGAAAUCUGUAAGAACUGUCUUGAACAAAGUUCUUACUGACUGGGUCAUGUUCUCCUCCUUCCAACGAACAGCCUAUUUAUUACACGUCACAAUUAAAUUGCUCAUGUGAUUUCCGGGCACGUUUAAGCCGUAUGGUGCAUAUUGAGUGUAUAUAGACGUGGUAUGAACGGAUACAUGCAAAAAUGUGACAGAGAAAUAUUUAAAAACACUAUUUCUCUUUUAAAAAUUUUAAAAAAAGUAUUUUACCUGAAUCUGCAAAAUAUGGAUUGUCAGUAAGUAUUCAAAAUGGGAUAAAACUGAGAUUACAGUCUUAAAGUAAUGGCAUAGCAUAAAACAAGACAUUCGUAUACGUAUGUAUAAUACCCAAUUCUUCCUUCUCUGAUUAAAUAAAGGAAAUUAAUUAAUCUCUCAAGUUUAUGUAUUUAAAAUGAGAAUAUGCAAGAAAUGAAAAACAAAUGUAUACGCUAGCUCGAGUACUGAAGCUGAAGCUCCCGUUAUUUUGUUAACUGUUUAUAUUUCUUUCCUUGUCUCUUUUUUCAUGGUAAAGAAACGCUCAAGCAUUUUGCCUACACAGUUAGGGGUGUACAAAGUCUCCCAUAAUUUCAGAAGAAGUUUGCAAAGUAGUAUGACUUAAUAAAUCUAUGAGGUUACAAUAAUUUAAUAAAUAUGAUAAACACAUUAUAAUUUAUACAUUUCAUCCAUGGCCAAAUUCAUUUGAUGAAAUCUCCAUUGUGCCACAACACAUUCUUUAUAAAUAAAUGCUGUAAUAAAUAUUUACAAAUCUA